GUCUUCUCCUCGUUCAGAGAGAAAGGAAAAGCAAAGGGAAAGGAAAUUGGGACUUUGAAAUAGAAAUGAAGAAGAGCUGUGAACUCUGCAAGUUUCCGGCGAGAUUGUACUGCGAGUCCGAUCAGGCGAGUUUGUGUUGGGACUGUGACGCCAAGGUUCACUUCGCCAACUUCCUGGUGGCGAGGCAUUCCAGGAGCCUUCUCUGCCACGUCUGUCAAUCUCCGACCGCCUGGACCGCGUGUGGUUCCAAGCUCGGGAAAACAAUAUCGGUGUGCGAGACUUGUGCUGAUGGAGGAGGAAGGAGAGAGGAAGAAGAGAGCGAAGGAGAUAAUGUUGAUGAAACUGAUACCGAAGACGAAUACGAAGAUGAAGAUGAAGAUGAAGAAGAUGAUGAUGAUGAUGAGGAAGACGGAGAGAAUCAGGUUGUGCCGUGGUCGUCUACGAUGCAGCCUCCGGCUGCGAGUUGCUCGAGCAGCGAAGAGUCCUCUUGCAGGUUCAAUAAUGGCGAUCGAGAUGUUUCUUCGAAACGAAUGCGCGAGAAUGAUUCAGAUCUUCACUCCAAUGACGAUGAUGAAGGCAGCUCAUCUUCUCGACGUAAUAGUCCGUCGUCGGAGGCGGCGGUGGAGGCAGCUGUGUCCGGAGGAGAAGGAGCGGCUGCUUUUGCCGAAACAACGAGGCCAAUGAAAAGCCGAAGAAUUGAGCAAAAUGAGUCGGGGCGUGUUGGGCAGGCAUCGGUGGGUUCGACGGCGGCGAUCGUGGAGUCGCUCAAGAAAUUCGGUCAACAAGACGCGACUUCCAGCGACAAAGUGCCCGCUGCUGCGAUUGCUGGUAUCUGUGAACUUAGCAAGAGUCCGAGAGCCGUUGAUUUCGAUUAUUCCGAGUCUUCGUAACGUCCGAUCAGAUGUAGUUUAAUCCAUAAUUAACCUUCUAUUAGCUUGCUAACAAACAAAGCAACGAUAUCGAUUAAUUUAGCUUAACCAUUGUGUCUUUAACUUCAUAUGUACACAUAUAUAUGUAUUUUUAAAACAGAGAUUUCAUUUGAUCUCUCUCAUUUGGAAUUAGAUCACAAAAGUCAUCAAUUACCGUGUUGGGGUUUUUGUAUAA